GAGAGAAACCGCUGGUGCGCUCGUGCGCUGCUAGUGGUGGUACUCCGGUUCGUUUCAUCGCGUUAAAUGGCGGCUGUAUGCUGACUAAUAGCAAGUGUCAGCUUGGCUAAAAACAUCAAAUUCAGCUCCAAGAUCGCUGCUGGGCUCGGAACUGCUCUUGGCGAUCGAUUUUCUCAUGGAGUGCGGUGAGAGUAGCCUGCAAGAGAGCACUCAUUGUCUUUCUGAGGACGAGGAGGCUUUAUUGGUGGCCGAAAACGAGCCGCAAGACCGUACUUCCGAACCGUUCCUAAUCGACAAUAUUUGUGAUACGGCGCUGUCCGCCGAAAGCCUCAACGACAGCAGCUGCUUUAACAUAACUGAUUGGGACCAAGGCCCCUCCAGCUCCGGCUCGACAGAACCAAUCCAGGAACCCUUCAAAGACAUGGGCAUCGAUAGCAGUUGGUACACUGACGAAGACAGGGCAGAGUGUCCGUCCGCGUCACUAACACCUGUGAACGACCCUUUUGGCAUGACUGAUCCUGAGCCACCAGUCAGUACGCGCACCAUUGGCAGAAUCAUCAGAGCGCAUGGCUUCCUUUCUGAUUCAACUGCCAGCUCAGAACCUUUGUCAGCCACUCCAAACAAUCAAGUGGUACUCUUCAAGCCUGAAGAGGAUAGCGUGUUACGUGGCUCCUGUGGCUUGCGGAACCUUGGGAAUACAUGUUUCAUGUCUGCCGGGAUCCAGUGCUUAGCUGCCACACCUCCACUUGUGCGUUUUUUCCUAUCUGAGCGAAAUAAGUAUGCAGAUGGAAAUGAGCACGAGGAAGCUUCAUGUUCGAAGGGAACUUCCACUAAAUCUGACUGCUCCCACAAGUUGAUGCAAGACUUUUCCCGCCUCCUUUCCGAUAUUUGGGCAGGCAAAGAGAGAUGCAUUUCUCCUGACAAUUUCAAAAGUAGCCUUGCUGUGGUGCACCCGCAAUUCAAGGAUUACAGACAGCACGACUGCCAAGAAUUUCUGACUUUGCUGUUGGAUUCACUGCACGGGCAAUUGAACGAAGCAAAGAAAGUUGAUUGCAAAGAGGAGAGUGACAUGGAAGGAGCCACUUGCAGCGAGGACAAGCCUGUGGAGGUUCGAAACAGCAACCCAAACAUCGCUUUCCUGCUCGCUAAUGACAAAAAUAGCCACGUUGAGAAAAAUAGCCUAGAGCAGCGCCUGUCUCCGUCCUUGCCUGCACCACCUGUAUCUCCAAACUCGUCUCCUCUUCAUGAAGACGGUAGCUUCAUGAAAGUCAACUCUCUGACCGAGCUGGAUAUUUCAAGGUCGAUCCUUUCGCACUCGGUGCUUGGAGGAAUCGACAUCAAUGACUACAUGAAGGAUGCCAAAACCUCAAACAUCAACGUGCUAGAUCCGCAGCAGUAUGAACCUAAACCUAACAAUCUCAUCAAGUUCGAUUCGGAGAAGUUCAGUCCCACCAGCAGGAAGCUGGCCACUUCUUCAAGCAACUCAUCCAGAAGUGUUCACAACAUAACCGGCAUAAGAAAUGGAGGCGACAUGGCUUUGGGGGACGAAAAUGGGGACCAUUCUCAGAAGGAAACAGAAAGUUUGACACUUCUGAAUGGCAAGCGGCUCAAGCAGACCAACAUAAUCAACGACUUAACAAAUCACAUGGAUGCAGACUCGAUGGAUGAAGCUUGCUCGAACACCAACAAAAGACUCAAAUUGGUUUCCCACGCCAAGUUAAACGGGGAGCUGAGCAGUAUUGAAAUGAUGGACAGCGAGGAGGAGUCUGUAGAAAAUUCAGAGGAGCUUGAGGCUGACGCUUUUUGGCAGAAACACUUGGCUGACAACAAAUCUGUCAUUGUGGAUUCUUUCCAGGGUCAGUUCAAGAGUACGGUCAUCUGUAAUGUUUGCAGACACGUGUCUGUCACUUUUGAGCCCUUCAUGUACCUCUCAGUUCCGCUGCCGCACGCCAUGCAAAUGCAAAUUCGUGUGGUCUAUGUGCCCGCGGACGUGUCACUCGCUCCUGUACGCGUCAUGCUUGUCUUGAAUAGGGCUGACCAGGUGCGAGAAUUGUUGAAUGUACUGAUUGAGAUGCUCGCCCUGCCAGACAACACUAGCAUCACCGUUUGCGAGGUGCUGGAUAACCACAUCAGCAAGAUCCUCGAGCCCCACAACCCACUGCGCUAUCUCAAUGGAGAAAUGCGGACCAUCUGCGCGAUUGAGAUGCUGCCACCACCGCCAGCCACCAUUAUCGAGUCCCCACAGUUGUCGCCAGUGGUGCCCAAAAUGGAGCCAAACCUGAGUGAGGAAGAAAGCGUCUCACAGCCAAUCGAUCUCAGACCCAAUAGUGGCUUCAAUGCCGCGCUCGUCACAGUUCCUACCAAAGCUGAAAUGGACUUGAGCAGGGCCAACUCACCCGCUGGUGACAAAUCAAAGUGGCCAACUUGCAAUAUAUGUCUUGAAGAAUAUGCCCUGAAAAACCAAUUGAAGAUUCACGAAUCAUGCAAAUCCUUGGCCUGCGUGAGCUGUUUGGAUAUGUGGAAGACCAAAGAGAAUGUUCAGUGCUGCCCCUUCUGCCACAAAGAAAUGGAUAUUGAUACCGAAUUCACAGAUUUCACUGCCCAUGACCAGAAAUUUGUCAGACCUCUCAAAGUGACAGUGGUGUUUCGGCUAGACGUGGUCGGGGAAGAAUGCAGCAAUAACAAAAAGUCGAUGAGACUGAUUGGUCAACCAAGGCUAGUGGAGCUGCCUAGCAACAUCUCAGGCAAAGCCCUAUAUGAGACUCUGCAACGUUUCGCUCCAGAUGUAGCUUUCCAAGUCCUCUUAGUCGGUGGAAAGGGAACAACCUGCUCCAGAUGCAUGUACAACAAACACUGCAUAGGAUGUCGGAUCGACCCGGACGCUCCAGACCUUGAACUUUCUAUAAACGAUUCUUUGGCGAUUCGCCUGAUGGGCCCACUAGACCCGGACACGGAGUCUUGCUUACCGUUUGUCAACCCUCCUCAGGACCAUGAAAGCUUGAAAAUUCCUAGCUGGAAUGAUCCCCUCACCCUUUACGACUGCCUCAAAGCUUUCUCUGAGAGUGAGCAGCUGGACAAAGAAAACCCUUGGUAUUGCCCAAAGUGUAAGAUAAACCAGUGUGCAACCAAAACUCUGACAGUAUGGCGGUAUCCAGAUAUUUUGAUUAUUCAUCUCAAAAGGUUUGUUUACAAAGAGAGGUCCAUAUCAAAACUCGACAACAAAGUGACAUUCCCGCUGAGUGGACUAUCCCUUGAGCAGCCAGGCAGCAAGACUCAUGCCAACGUCUACAACUUGUACUCUGUAGUUUGCCACUUUGGAGGCGUUUCUUGUGGUCACUACACGGCUUUUGCCAAGCACCCUACCUCAAACGAAUGGUACAAUUACAACGACGAGAUGGCCAGCAAGCGCAACCCGCAGGAGGAGGAAUUUUCUAACGGAUAUGUGUUGUUCUACCAGCGUGAAAAUAUACCAGAGCUCAUCAUCUAGUAACUUUUUGGCUUAGGCUUUCUUUGGUGAUUCUGUUGUUGUGAUGCAUCAGCUCGGCCUUUGAUAAAAUUGCACUACCCCAACCAACUUUAAAUAUCGACUGAUUCCCAAUUAUCAGCGUGUGCUUAAUUACAAACCCAGAAAAUUUAACUUAUUGAUUGUUUUCAUGUGAUACCCCCACUUGGGACUUUCAUGGUAAUCAGUUUAUGUAUUUGCGCUCGCUUUUGAGCGGCAACGGCUGAUGCUGAGAAAUAACGAUUGGUAAUGCUGUUAAGUUCCCAAGUAAUGCCUGCGAGAAGCAAAGAUUCACGUCUCAUGCGUAGGUAUAAUAGUUCUUACUUAUAUGUAUUUCAAUGGACAUGCGUAAUAGUUUGAAUACAUUUUUCUGUAAUCUGCAAUGAAGAAUGUGUUGAACAAGUCUGAGACAGGUUUAAAUUAAGAUUUUUUAAUUUGUAAUCCAGCAAGUGAAUAAACUGCAAUCAACAGAA